AUGGCCCUCGGCGGCCUCGCCUCGGCCAAUGGGCGGCUCGUGCGUAGGCAAGAGGGAAAAGGUCAGGGCAGGUAUGGAGAUGGCGGCGCUAACGGAGGUUGCCGGGCAGAUAAAACCGUGUCCGUGAGGGAAAGGAAGGCGAGAUGGUUUGCGCCUCGCACUGCGGCUGAGCCUCCCUCGCGACAGCAGCAGCCGCCGCCGCCUCUUCCGCCGCCGCCGCCUCUCCUUUUCCCGCGUCCGGUUCCCUCGCGCCGUCCUCCGCCCAGACCAAUGAGCGUCGCGCACGAGCUGCUGUGGCGCCUGCUGCACCUCCUCCUCCACGUCCAGCGCGCGCUCUUCGCCUGGUUCCGAGGCUGGUUCGGAGGUCGCGGCUCGUGGCUCAGCCGUUGGCGGCGGCGCGCGGCUUCGGCCGCGGCCGCCGUCGCCUCGCGGGCUCUCCUGGCCCCGGCGGCGGUGGGCACGGGGGCUUUCGCCUACCACAGGCCGGCGGCGGCAGGGCGGAAGGUGGUCGGAGGAGGAGGCGGCGGCGGCCGGUGGCGCAAGGACGGGAAGUCUCUGCAGAAGCUGCCGGGCCACGUCGGGCUGGUGGUGGUCGAGGAGGAGCAGAGCUACGCGGACAUGGCCAGCCUGGUGGUGUGGUGCAUGGCGGUGGGCAUCUCCUAUGUCACCGUCUACGACCAAGAAGGUGAGUUGCCCUCGGAGCCGCCUUGUCCGCUUGUCCUUUCCCUAAACCCCUUUCGAUUUUCUUCUCCCAUCCCAUGCGGAGGACGUGACCUUGCCCUUGCUCGGUUCAGAAACGUUUGCUCUAAGUUAACAGUUUACUAUAAAUAAAGGCAACCCGCGCAUGCCGGGAGGCAACUUCCACGGAAGUCGCAUGUGCCUCCUCUGAGAACACAAGUGUAGGGUGUGUUGGUGGCAUCUGAAAGGGGUGACAGAUGGGCAAUGGGGUGGGGGUUAAGGAUACAAAGACCUCUGUUGAACGGGGCUUAUUGCCAGGUAACUGCACACAAUUGCACCUUUGUUGCUGCAAAGGAUUUGAGGAAUGCCCCUUGCUUCGUCAGAUGUGCUGCCAUAACAGUUAAAGUGCCACAAACAAGGCAGCUCAGAGUAGACCCGCUGAAAUGAAUGAAGGUGAGUUUGUCUUGAUAAAUUUUCAGUCCAAGGAUUUCAAUGACUCUGUGUAUUAGUCAAAUGCAACACCCUGUUUCUGGUUGCCAGGACGUUGUCUCUCCCCUUCAUUGCAGUCCUGUGCACAUUUACUCUUGUGUUCAGUAUGCUUGGGAGUAAACCUCUUAUAAACACAGUGGCAUGUUGUUUUGAAUAUACAUGCAUAGGCUUGGGCUGUUGAUCCCUUACCUGGACUGCAUCUCUGCCUGAGGUUGAACAAUCCCUUGCUCCUCUUCUAUAGGUCCAAAUUUGGAGCUGUGGAAGAGGUAGGUGAUUCCCAGGAACUGUGUUAGGCAUCAGAUGAUCUCAGAAGCCCAGUGUAAUUGCUGGAAUCAUACCACCACUGUUUCUAAUUCUAGGUUUGGGGCUGGGAAAGGGAGAGCAAGGGCUAGGUAGCUGCAUCAACACCCUUGCUACCCAAACAAGUCCCAGACUUUCUCUGUAGAGCAAAAGGCUGGGGCUUAUUUAUGCAGUGGGUGGAAGUGUAGCUCAAAGUGCCACCACUUUUCACUUUUCAAGGCUGGGACUUGACUGGAUGGAGGAGAUACACGGAGUGCCACAGCUGUCAACCACCUGUCUCCAGCCUUUUCCAGAUGCAGCUGGAGGGAAAGGCUGAGGCUCAUUUUGCAGUGGUGAAUAGACACUUCUUGGACCACCCACUGUGCAAACAGCCAGCUCCGAAUGUGGAGCUGGAGAGGUGGGUGACAAUUUUCCCCAUAUCCCAACACAAGAGAGGGAUGUCUUUGUUCCUCUCAACCAGGAAGGAAGCAGGUGGGUUUCUGCUUCUCACUCUUGCCAGAGAGCAAUGUAUCACUUGCCAUGACAAGGGGGCAGAAUUGUUAAAGGAUGAUCAAUGUACAUGAAAGUUUUUUAACAUUAAACAAUAAAAUUCAAACUAAUUCAUAAGAAAAUACAAAACACAACUGUACAGAGAAAAAAGAAUAGAGAAAGAAUAACUAAAAGACCCUUUAUCACAUUUAUAUUGUGCAUAUCUUAUCAUUUAUCCACACAUAGAAAGGCAGACUCCCGCAGCGGUUCUCAACCUGUGGGUCCCCAGAUGUUGUUGGACUACAACUCCCAUCAUCCCUGAGCUCUGGCCUUGCUAGCUAGGGGUGAUGGGAGUUGUAGUUCAACAUCUGGGGACCCACAGGUUGAGAAAGUCUGCCCCAAGAUCUCACCUGGGUACAUGUAUCAAAGUCAUUUAAUUGAAAACCAGUGCUGCUUUCUUACCCCUCCCUAUUUCCUGUCUAACAAAAUGAUAGAAGGUAUUCCUCUCUAUCUGAACCCCAUCUCUGACCAAUAAGGAACAGUACAAAUCAGUUCUAUUUUCUGACCAGAUCCUAUCAUGCAAACUGUGUUUGUGAUGUAGUUAGGUUGCAGGGAAAUGGGAAAUAGUGGUGGUAGUUUAAGGUUUCAACCAAGAGCAUUAGUCUGUAGCCUCAAAAGAGAGAAAUAUUUGAUGCUGUAUUAUAUUUAGAAGACAUUUUUUCUGCCUUGAAGAAUCAAGCCCGAAGCAGCAGCAAAUGAUGCAACUAUGUGUAGGUUUAAUUUAAUUUGUUAAUAAGUACAAGCAUGUUAUUUAAAUUUCAUAUGACUACUUAGUCUCAGAUUCACAUGCUGAUGGUUGUCAUACUUUGAAGUGAAUCACUUAAGCUUUUUUUCCAUCUUGCAUACAUUAACAGCAACAACAUAAGCACAAUUGAUUUUAUGAUACUACACAGGGGCAUAUGUAUUCAGAUAUUUAGCUGCAUUCAAAAAGUUACUUUUUUAAAAAAAUCAAGCUUUCAACAAACUGUAGUUGAAACUGGUUUUGGAAACAGACCAAUUAAGAAUAAAAAGUCACAAUUCAAUUCCAUACAUCCGUAUUCUGUUUAUAGCUAAUAUUUCAUAUGACAAACAAUACUAUGCAGCAGACACGUUUUCUCUUUUUGGAAUAUUUGGAAUAGGAAUUCUAUCUAGUACCCAUGGGGUAGGAAAUCUUUUAGAGGUCAAGUUCUGAAACUGUCAGCAUUUGGGCCUCUUUUGUAAGCUUAGAAGAUAGUUUUUGGCUGCUGCUGCUGCAAUGGUGGUGAUGGGUUAUAAUAAUCUCCCCCAAUCUCAUACUCAUCAAAUGUUUGGGACCCAUGGACAAUGGUUAGGGACGUUGGGUGUUAUAAUCUAAAACAUCAGGAGGGAAUCCAGCUGGAGAAGGCUGGGACAUAGCAUUGAUUCAUGGACAUCUGUUGCUAGAAUUCUAAAGUCAUCUUUAGUCACAGUAUGCUUGAAAAAGCAAACAACUCUUGUGUUACAUUGAACCUUUAUUUUGAGAGUAACUAUAUAAAAUGUGUAAUCAUGUUAGCAGGCUAUAGGGUAGGAGAGAUUGGAACGGUUCACUUUGUCAGCUGACAUUGCCUCCAACGGCAUUGGAGAGGCCUUGUUUCAUUCUUGUGAAAGCUAAAAGCAGACUGCUUGGUGCAAGGGAACCAAAAGAUCCUCUUUCACAUAAAUGGUGCUUCCACUGAGGCUGUGCUUCUGCCACUGCAUCCAAAUGUAUUUGUCAAGUGCUUACUUCAAUAAUGUUCUUUUUUACAAAGCACUGGGGAGAGGUGUUUUGAUUUUUCUAAUAAAUCAGAAGUGAACUCUGUGUUUAAGAUCUAAACUACAGAAAACUAAAUAAAUAGAUUGAACAAAUGUGGUAUGAGCCAAUCCCUCAUUAGCUCCUACAUUCCCAAGGCGUCAUCUUACAGGUUAGCUGUACAGGUUAUCCCGAGUAGUUGUUUCUAGGUCCUUUCUUCUUCAGUGCCUUAGAUACACGAGCAUGGAGUGUUCGAUACAACUAUUAAAGGCAUGUGAAGAGGCAAGAUACAGCAACUAUUAAAAAACAAUUUAAAAUGAGCACAGUUUUUUGGACGUGAUGUAGUUGUUCCACUUCACAGGAUCUCUUUCCCAGCUCCCCAGGCUGAAACAGCUACCAUAUCUCAAAUGGAAGGAAGAAUGGAGCAUUACUGAGAAGAAAUAUGUUUCAAUGUAUUUUCUAAAUUAUUUAUGUCAUUUGAAACUAUACUUCUAAUCUUAUUUUCACUCAAUUUGACAAUAUCUGUGUGAAUGAAGUACAUAAACUUUUUGUUUUUUGAGAAUGUUUUAAUAGGAACAGCCUACAGGGUGAAGGUGAUGGCGAAUAGCAACUUGAUACAUACUUGCAUUCUAACAAUUUGUUGUUGUUGUUGUUACUAAUUACCUUUUCUGCAACCUGAGGUCCGAGGAGAGUUACAAUAUUAAAACACAAUAUUUAAAACAAAACAAAACACAAUACUGUAUUAAAACAUUUCAAAACAGCCUACAGUCACAGAAACAAGGUGGAUCCUAAAAAUGUAUAUGUCAAGUGUCAAAAGCCAGAAUUAAGAAAGCUGCAUCUUCAGAAUUUGUUGGAAGUUGUAUAGUAAAGGUGCCAGAUGCAACCUGGGGACUGUCACAAAGAAUGCCAUCUCCCAGUCCACCACCCCUCAAACUUCUAAGGGUGGAGGAACUACUAAAAGUGCCCCCUCUGCUGAUCUUAGCAGUCAAAAGGAUCUGUAGGAAAUGAGACAGUUUUCAGAUAUCUAGGCCCUGCAUGUUUAGAACUUUAAACACUAAUGUAAGUACCUUGUUUGGGCUGGAAAGGAACUGUUAACCAGUGCAGGUGUUUCAGAACUGGGGCUAUAGGAGAUCUAAAUGAAACCCCAGCCAGUAAUGUGGAUGCUGCAUUUUGGAUCAACUGAAGUUUCCAAGUAAUCUUUUAAGGGCAGCUGCAUGUAGAGCACAUUGCAGUAAUCUAUUCUGGAAGUUACCAGGACAUAGAGUGCAGUGGCUGAGUCAUCUCUGUCCAAAAGGGGAUGUAGCUAGUGAACUAGCCAUAGCUGAAAAAAGGCAUUCCUAGCCACCGAGGCCAUCUGAGCCUCUGGGGCAGUGCUGAAUCAAGGAACACCCUUAGGCUGCAGAUAUGCUACAUCCCAGGGGGUGCAACCUUAUCCAGGGCAGGCUGCCGCCUUAUCUUCUGGAUAUGGGAACUUGGAACACAUAACACCCUCAGUUUUCAGGAUUCAGCUUCAGUUAUGCAUGCUGGUUAGGAAAAUCCAGACCUGUGGACAGGUGCUCUAGAUAUGUCCAGUUUUAAAUUUUUGUAUGUCUCUAAACACAUGUCUUCUUAGGUGGAAUUAAAUUCCAUAAAGAGAGACUGACUAGUACACAUAGGGAUUCCUCAAUUUCAAAUGUCUUUUAUGUAUAAAUUAGAAGCUUGACUAUCAAGAGCAAGGUGGAAACAGAACUUCAGACAGAUCCAGAAGCUAUACAGUGGUACCUCUGGUUAAGAACUUAAUUCGUUCUGGAGGUCCAUUUUUAACCUGAAACUGUUCUUAACUGAAGGUACCACUUUAGCUAAUGGGGCCUCCCGCGCCGCCGCUGUGCGAUUUCUGUUCUCAUCCUGAAGCAAAGUUCUUAACCCAAGGUACAAUUUCUGGCUUAGUGGAGUCUGUAACCUGAAGCAUCUGUAACCCAAGGUACCACUGUACUAGCAGAAAUGAGAAGCCUUAUAAAAUAGCUUAUGUGUUGAAAAAAAUAAUGUUCCUAUUUAAUUAUAGGAUGGUAAAUGCAUAAUAAUACUAUUGUGAUUUUUUCUUAAAUAUUCAUGAACUAAUCAACUUUUAAAACUGAUUAUUAAAAAGACUGCUUACUUUUUAAAAAGAUGCAAUUAACUUUCGUAAGAAAUACACAUUAAAAUGAAACAUAAUUGUAUGUAACAGAACUACAGUUGUAUUAAAUACAUUAAUCUAAGCCUCAACAUGUCACAAUUCUAAAUUUUUUAUACAACUCAGAUUUUAAAGACGCCAAUACUGAGAUAGGCUUUAAUGGAUGACUAAUAACAAUUUAGGGAAUGUUAUCUUCUGUGAAAGUAACUUUGACCUAUUUGUAUGGGCUGAACAAAAGUUCUGUAGGCUUUAAUGGAUAGCACUCCCACACAGCAAGGCUUCUACAAGAUGAUUUAUAAUUGAAAACCUGUUGGACACUUCUCUGCCUAAUGCAGAAAAGGCAAUUAGUUUAUUCUGCUGAAAGCAUAACAACUCUUUAUUUCCAGGCAAAUACCUGGUACAAAAAUAUAUAAACCAUUUUCAUAUUAACUUUAUAUCUUAGGCCCCUAGAGAUCAAAGGAACAUUUCUGUAAUGCUAGCCCUAAGAAGGGGUAGGAAUUGUUUCAAGAAAAUAAUUUGAGUACUAAAAAUUUUAAAGAAACUUAAAACUAAAAAAAUUGCUGGAACCAAUAUAAAGGAAGAAACAUAAAUUAUAUGCUUGCUAAACUUUUUUUUUUUUGAGGGGGGGGCUAAUAAAGUUGACAAACAACUGCACAUAAAGAAAAUUUGGUGCCUCCAGUUUUCAGAAAGCUAAGAAAUAUUAACUCUAAUAGUAAUGAAUAGCCCUGUGUCAUGAAGUUUUUAAUAUCUGAUGUUUCAUUGUGCUUUUUAUAUUCUGUUGGAAACUGCCCAGAGUGGCUGUGGCAACCCAGUUACGUAGAUGGGUAGGGUACAAGUAAAUAACAAUAACAAUAAUAACAGCAGCUCGUGAGGCACUCAAACCAGAAAAGCUGCACCUGGCCUUGUCUUUAGCCUAUUUUUAUAGCACAGUAGCAGUUGAUUGGUGUGUCAUACCUAUAUAGUCACAUAUGUACAGUUGGGAACCACUUAACUUGGACAGAUUUUGGAACAUUCAGGACAGACAAAAGGAGUCACUUCACACUGUGCAUAGUUUAUUUGUAGGAUGUAGUGUUGGCCACCAGCUUGCAUUAAAAGAAGAUUAAAUGUAUUCAUGGAGGAUAAGGCUAUCAACAGCUACUAGCCAUGGUGGCUGGGCAGUACCUUCCAUGUUGAAGGCAGCAUGCCUCCAAAUACCAGUUGCGAAGAAAGGCAAGUGGUGUGAAUGCGAUCAGAAUGCUGUUACACUCAGGUUCUGCUUUCAGGUGACCACUGUGAGGACAGGAUGCUGCACUAGAUGGGCCUUUGGUCUGAUCCAGCAGGACUGUUCUUACAGAAAGUACUCAAAGUUUAUUUGCCAGGUUCAACUGCAAGGUCUGUGGGAGUCAUAACAUCUUAUUGUGCAAAGUCACCUCUACAGCUGCUGCUACUUGUUCAGACAAGUACAGCUUGGUUAACAGUAGUUCUGGUCUGUGCCCAGCAGCAUGUGUUUGUUUUUUCUUUGUUUUUAUUUAAAACAAAGGCUGAGACUUAGCUAGAUUUAGCACCCAUUGGCCUCAUUUACAUGACAAUUCAGUCCUGGUUUUAAGGUAGACUACAUAACCUGUAGUUCAUUAUGCUGCCAAGUUAAACUCUAAUAAAUAAAUCAUUUUGGGUAAAAGUGUUGAAAGAAUUGGCUGGGUUCCAAGAGCCAUGCAACUCACUCUGUGCACCGCAAAGUACUUUGGGGUUGGAUGUCUCAAUCAGCACUUUGGUCAUGUGACAGUAGUUGUUGGUAGUUAUUGCAGCUCCAGUGUCUGUCUUUUGGGGUGGGGGCAAGGCGUCAAAAACUGUUAGAUACACCCAAAGCCUUAGGUGUACCUUCAGUAGAGUUUUUGUAUCCUGGACAUUACUUGCACUUGUGGAUUCUGGUAGUAACAAAUGGUUGGAUAUAAAGUUGUAGAAACAGAAGACUGUUCAUGCAACAUAUAUUCCCUUUCUUCCCAUACCCCCCGAGAAACCUUUUUGGAGUGCCAUACCCAACUUAGCAAUACAUGAAACUCUACCCGUAGGAUCCCACAUGGAAAUUCAUGCCUUAAGAUUGGCUGUUUGGGAAAGCUCAAAAAAUGUCACCCACCUGACACUUUCAAAUUGGGCAAAAAUAAACUUGAACACGUGUUAAUGAUGUCUUCAAGUUCUUAAGUUCACCUUUAAAAUCAAGACUACUGACAAUCAAACAGCUACACAAAAUAAAUGCAGUAUAAAAUUGCAAGAAUAAUGUUUAUAUUAAAAAAUUGCAAAUAGAAAUCCAUACUUCCACUUUGGAACUUUAAUCUUAUUGUUUUUUCUUCUGUUAAUUACAUUUUUAUUCUGCCCUUCCUUCAAAGAGCUUAGGGUAGCAUAUAUGAUGCUCUGCUAUUUAUAUUAAAUUAGGCUGGGCCACCUGAUUACUGUUUAAAAGAUGAUCUGUUUUUAAUUUUUUAAUCCUUGAAGGUGGAAUAAUUGGAACAUAAUUAAUUCUGAUUAUAUUAGCUGGAUAUAGUAGUUGAUUUCAGCAGGAUUACUAAUCUCCAGUCGGUAUUCUGAUUUGUGCAACAGACUAAUCAAGUCUGGCUGAAAAAGAUUUGUGGUAUCUGUUGCCAAACUGUAGUUCACUUUUCUCAAAUUCAGAUGGCUGAAAGCUAUGCUUAAGGAAGCUUAGCUACUAUUUGGCAUGAUACAUGAAUUAAUGUUCCGUAAUUCUAAGAACUACUGCAUCAGCUAAAAACAAAACAAAAGCAGACAAACCAUUAUUUCCUCUGUGUGUGUGUGUGUGUGUGUGUGUGUGUGAGUGAGAGAGAGAGAGAGAGAGAGAGAGAGAGUAGCAAAAACCAUGGUUUGGUACGAGAACUUCAACUAUUUGAUGUCAAAUUGAAAGUUCAUACAAGUUUCUGUAAGAUGGCUAGCCUCUACGUGUUUUUCUUCAGGAGGUAAAUGAGGCCCAGAUCUCCUUGGAUUUUUUUUAAAAGAAAAAUAAUUAAACUAUUUAUAUGAUUCUAGAGAUCUAUAAAAAUACUGACAUAGAUUACCUGGAAAAUGAUGAUCAAUUAGCCAGUACUUCUUUCUCUUCUCUUUGCAAGGUUUUUUCAAGAGAAAUAAUUCAAGGCUAAUGGAUGAAAUCCUAAAGCAGCAGCAGGAAUUGUUAAAUCUUGACUGUUCCAAAUAUACAGUGAAGUUUGCAAAUCAAGAUAAAACAGAUCAAGGUAAGAUUUCUUAUUUUGAAAAUCCUGUACUGUUAUUGAGAACUAGAAAGUUCCUGGACACCCAAAUCUGAUCCACAAACAUUGAUUAACUCCCUGCAUGGGAAUUAAUAGGUAUCUCCAUGAGUACAAUAAAUCCCAUGAACAUCUCGGCAUAUGCUGAUAGCUGGAAUUGAGUGUGAAUGCCUUAUUUUACAGAAAUGACUGGCAGUUUUAGUUAAAUGUUUAAGUUUUGAUAUUAAACUUUUACUGAACUAUUAAUAUUUUAGCAAGUGUUUCUUGUGAUUCUUUACAGAAGGUUCAUUUUGUAAAUUAAAUUUAAAAUAACCUUGCUGCUGGGAGCCUUCACUGGCUUUGGGAGUGGAGAAUGAUGUUUAUCCUGUUUGCAAGUGAGAGGUGAACUUCAAGUCAAGCUGACUUCUUCCAUUUCCAUUUAAAUGCUUUAAGUUUUUUCUUUUUUGUUGCAGUUUUAAAUUGCCAAUCUACACUGAAUGUGCUGUCUUCAGAGGAUGGGAAGACAGAUAUAGUAAAAGCAGCUCAGAAAUUUUGCCACUUAGUAGCACAAAAACAAAAAAAAUGCACAGAUCUGGAUAUGGACGUCUUGGAAAACUUAUUAACUAGUAAGUAUGAUGGCUGAAGUUGUUUACCCCUCAUAAAAAGGGGGGGGCUAAUCAGGUGACAGUAAUUUUCCCAGACCCAAACACAUUUGUAUCUAGAGCUCAUACCCAUUGUACACAGUCUUCAAACUGGCAGAUUCUGAGGGCUGCUUCACAGAAUACCUAUUUCCCACAAGUGUUUUGGUGUAUGCUAUGUAGUGUUGUGCAUUUCAAAGAAAUUUAAUUGCUUGUGGGACGUGAAUGACUCAUUAUUUGUUAUAGCACAUAAAGUAAUUUGGAGAGAAUUGCUUCAGCUAAGCCAUCUGAGGUAAAUUUUAUUCAACUGCCAAUUGAAAUUUGGCUAUAAAGGAAUUUCAGGGGGAACUUAUUUUGACAGCUGUAGUGCAACUGCUUUUUUUAUUAAGUAGUGCCAGGAGAUUGUUACAUUAAGUGCUGUUAAAAACAAACUGUAAUGCCUCACUAAAUUUACCAUUUGGCAGUGUUUCAUUUUAGCGAGCAGAAUUGUUUUAUCUGCUUUUGUCUAGCUAUAUGUUACGGCUUGACGAGGAAAUGUUCAAGUUCACUGUGGAUAUAUACACUGAUGUCACAAACGUAUGUUCCUGGCUGCCAUUAAUUACUGUGUCAGGUUAAAAGAUAAAUGUCUGUCAUAGCACAAAGUGGAACACAAGUGUGGGCCAAUACAGGCCCGUAUAGGGCCUUGGAGGCAUUUGAAAGCAGAUUUCAUACUGCUCGGAAGAGCUUCUGAAGUUCAGCAUAAUGUCAGAUAAAAGAUCCAUACUUACUUAAUCGGGAAAUGGGAACAAACUGCAUGGCAGUAGCAAAUUCUGGCUGCUUUGGACACCUCCACCUUCAAGUUAGCCUGAAGAAGGAAUAUGUCAUGCAGUAACAGCAAUUACUGCUGAUGGUACAAUCACCUUUUUUGAAAUCAAGACAAGGGUUGUGAUUCAAAGAAGGCAUGUGUGCAACGUGAAAAAGAAUUGAGUGAACAGCUAAAUAAGAUUUUUUACUUUCUUGAAACACUUGCUGGAGAUGUGACAUGUCUUCUUUAAAUUGAAACUGUACCUUGCUUUCUUUAGUCAUGGGCACUAUUACCACAACAAAAAAUAAUGACACUUCCUUUUAUGCGUUUGGCUCUCAAAGCAGCUUAGAAGGUUGCACUUUGAACUACAGCCACUGCAUGGUGGUUCUGAAAACACUGGAAGCUUAAAAUACUGAUUGAACAGUUGUAUUUGCAGUCUUUUUCUAUAAAGUAUAUGCUAGAAAUAGCAAGAAAAUAAAGCUAACAGAGAUUCAGAUUUCCUUUGCUCUAAAUGAGCAAAGUAGUAAUAAGCAUACUUGCUUUCAGUAAAUUCCAAAGUCAGUGGGCACGGCAGUGUUUCAGUUAAACUAUCAUAAAGACCAAAGAAUGAUAAUUUUUUUAGCACUGUUUAAACUAGAUAAUCAAAAUUGUAAUUGUAAUAUUUAUCUUUAUAUACCAACUAAAUUUGCACACAGUAGUUAACUGUCAAAUUGUUUGAGGUCAUUUUUAUGGGGUCUAAGUGAUGUCCUCUCUAAAAUAUUUGGUACUGUUCUAUGGAAAAUAAUUUGUAAGAACUGCACAUUGUAUGUGAAGAUGUGUUAAAGCUCUAAUGUAACAAGAUGGUCUUAAUUCUACAACCCCAAACUACUACUCUUUCUAGGUACUAAUGGCUUUCCUGACCCAGAAUUAAUAUUAAAGUUUGGUCCUGUGGACAGUGUAUUAGGAUUUCUUCCAUGGCAGAUCCGAUUGACGGAGAUUGUGUAAGUUGACUAUACAUAGUUGUGUGUAACUUGGAACAUUUACUUUGUAUUGCAAGUGGCUUUGACCCUCUGUGUUCAAACUUUCAUGUGUGAUUUUCAGUAGUUACAUUUAUCAGUGAAUAUGCUAUUCUUGUCAUCAUGCCCCAAAUAAUAAUAGUUCUCAAAAGCCCCUGUUAAAAGCAUGCUGACAGUUUCUUUUCCUUUAGUUGAUAUAUAGUUUCCCACUUUAUUUAUAAAGGUGCAAAAUGUGUGGUCAACUUGUGAAAGGAAAAAUAAUUAUUAUUUUGUUAGGAGUAUAAUAAAUUUGUAAUAAGAGAAGGAAAGCCAUUUAUUUUGUUACUCUGAGUACCAAAAGACCGUUGAAAGAUGUUGCAGGACAUUCUGAUCCCAAAUAACCAUCAUGUUGCCCAUUGAGAUCCCAUCCUACUUUUCCAUGUUAAUAGAUGUAGAAUAUCUACCCUCACAUAGAUCUGAACUUGAAAUUGGUUACAGAGAUUACUAUCCCUAACUUCACUCUUUAGCAUGAAUUAAAAUAGUUUGAAACGUCUAGAUUUUUUAAAUGGUAGGUUAGAGAAGCCUGCUACCACUACAAAGCAGAUCAGCAGCAGGUUUUGUUCUACCAAGUAUAUACCAAGAAUAUGUUCUUUAUACCAUUCCAGUGGGGGAAGAAAAUAAAUAUUGCACUUCAAGCCUGGUUUCAUGAGUGUAUGUGUGAAGGAGAAGUAGUGUGUCUCCUACCCCAGAGGUUACUUGGCUAUAGGAACCCAAUCAUAAUGAGAGGUACUUUGCUGCUAGAUACUGAUUUAACAGAGCUUCACUAUACCCAUAAGACAGAUUCCCAUUCAGCAUAGUAAUAUUCUUCAGCAGAGCAAAAAAAAACCUGCAUCAGAAGCAAAAGCCUGUCUAAUACUAUGUGACCCACUGUGUUAAAAGCUAUAGAAAGGUCAAGGGGAGGGGAGGGGAGGGGUAGUGUUUUCUUUUUCUGCCCAAGUGCUGUAUUUCCUCCUGGGCAACCUUCCAGAAGCCACAUUCCAGCAGCAGACAUGGCUAGGACAAAAGUGGGCAUAGCUACAGUUGAGGAGACCAAUUUCCCCUAAAAGAUUUUAGCUUGUUUUCCAAGACUAAUUACCAGAGGGAGUGAUUUUCCCACCCUAGAUUUGAUCUGUCCAAAAAACGUGUGCUCCUUGUGCAGCAGUUAGGCUUGAAAGAAAGGCGUUCUUCUUGAUCUAAUUGCUGGAGAGUGGCAAGGAGCAGGUGCUGCGGGCUGGUUUGCAGGCUGCUGAUUCUCCACUGGUCUAGGAUGACAUCAUCUGUGGCAAUCACCAGGUGUAGGUUGCCUUCCAGAGCAACUGAACCCAUUCAAUUAAUGGUUCCUGCAUAAGCAUGGCUUAACCCAAAGAAUUAAGAUUUAGACCUGGGAAUAAAAAGUGCUAAGUAUCUCUGGAAGUUACAGAUGGUCUUCCCAUAAACAUUAGCUACACAGCAAAUCUCCCCCUUCACUCCAGUCAUGCUUGUGCAUUAUUCAUCAGCACUUAGGUUGUAGGGCUUUCUGGCAGGCUUCCACACUGUAAUCUUGAUUCUGUAAUCUUAACAUGCAUCAGUAAUGCUUUGUAAAUUUUCUUGGAAUCUGCCCUGUUGUGUGUUUCUUAAAGGGCCAGGUCGAUCAGGCACAACACUCUAAAGUACUGUUUCAUGUAAAAGGCACACUAAAUUCAGUAUCUUCCAUACAAGUGUUCCUGUGUGAAUAGUUCUGUGGUAUCAGAAAAUUACUUAAUGUAACCAGCUCAGUACAGUCAAAUGAUGACUGGGUUCAUACAAUCCAUGAUUAACUCUCAUCUGUCACUAUGCAAAUCUUUAGAAUUAAAGGAAAUGGUUGAAACUAAAUUCUGGCUGAGGAAUGAAGAUUGGAUUUCUGAAGUUCUCUAGAAUGGGGUUUGGAUUUCUGAAUCAUUCCACAUAUGGAAUUAUAACUAUCCUUGAAAACAGAAGUUAGUUGAAGAGCUGUUAAUGUAGUAAGACAGUGCCAAAACUGAUACAAGAAAGCAUGUGUUUGGCUUGACUUCCCUUCAGUAGAAGGUUAACAAAAGCAUUACCUGGAAAGGUGUGUCAAUAUUUGAGGACUAUCAUACUUGACUGUCAUGUCAACGGAAAAGCUAUGUGAAAGUGAACCUGUGAAGUAGUAUUGAAUAGUAUUGCACCUGUAGCUGGAGCAAUAAUGUCUCCUAUCAUUUUUCUACUUUUCUCCCUUCUGUUAAUAGUCCCAAUACUGUGCAGAGCCGGUCGGUUCUAAGUAGUCAUCUAUUCUAAUGUUAAGUCAUUUAAGUUUGCAGAUCCACUUGAUCAAUAAAAUUUUAAUUGAUUUCAGUUAGAUUUCUCUGACUUCAUGGUUUGUCCAGAGUUAUGUCUGCGAUAUGCUGUGUAUCAGCUUGAGAAUAAACCAGUGAAAUUGUUCAAAGGCAAGGAUUAGUAUAAUGCUACUUGGAUUAGGAUAAUGCUAGUUGGAUAUUAACUGCCUCUUUCCAAUUGUGUUUUCCCAGUUCUUUGCCUUCACAUGUGAACGUCAGUUAUGAAGAAUUCUUCUCUGCCCUCCGUCACUAUUCAAACUGUGAACAGCGCGUGGGAAAAUAA